AUGGUGCAGAAGGGCAGGAGGAGUGCCAAACUCUUCGUGAAAGAGCAGCAGCUUCCUUGGCCAGCGCCUGCGACUGCUUUAAUUGCUUGCGUGUUGUUCCCUUGUGCCAUGGCGCUGCGGGCUUUGCAGGCAUGCAUCGCAACAGGGACUCUGUCCAUUGGACCUUUGCCCAUACCUCCAGUCACAUUUCCAUGGAUGGCAUGGCCUGUGCUCAUGAUGGGAGCCCUCUGGCAUCGGCAUGUGGAUGGCGCCUGGUUCCCCUCCGUCGCGGUCACUGGGAGAGCUAUCGCUGCAGCCGCGGUGUUGGGCAUUCUCGAAGCUUGUGCUGCUGCCCUUGAUGUCUUCGUUCCCUCUGGUGUGAGCAGCAGGCAAAGCGUGAUCUUGGCUCUGCUGCGCUGUGCUGACAUUCCAGUAGCAGCAGCUCUAAACGCGGUCAUGAGCGGAGACUCCCAAGCGCCUGUGCUAUCCUCGUUGCCCAUAUCUCUGGGCUUGGCCUGUUCUUGGCUGCUUUGCGAGUGUUACGGGCGCAAGGAAGACACCUUCCGCUCACAUCCGGGCGAUGCAUUGCUCAUCACCGCGGCUGCUGUUGCAACGGUUUGCAGAGCCUUGCGAUGUGCCGGUGGUGCCUUUCUGUUGCGGCGAGUGGGAGUGGAUAAUUCUUGGGGUGGUCUCUUCUUUGUAGGUGGUUUUAGCGGGUUCUUUGGAUCUAUGCUUGUGCUGCCUCUAACCUUGGGCCAGUUGCCCUUGAAGUCGAUCGAUUGGGACGCCAACUCAUUCCAUGCUGUUUCCGCUGUUCAGCUUGACUUCAGCGUGGUUGCCGUUGCAGCACUUGGGCUUGGAGCAGUGGAGACGCUGUCGAGGCUGGCUGUGCUUCGCCACUCUGACACGGUGACUGCUGCAUCCCUUGAUGCGGGAAUUUUGCCUCUGGCUGCUGUUAUGGCACGAAGCUUGGGCAUGGCCCAGGCUGCAGCAGCAGACCCACCUCCGCCUGAGCAUCCACCUCCGCCCGAGGAGACUCCAGCGGCGCCGCCCGAUGAGAUUCCGGCCCCUCCACCGGAGCCGGACACUGCACCACCACCACCGGAGGCGCCACCGCCACCUGGCAGCGAGUGUGAAGGCUGCAAGAUGCCCUUGUACAACUCGGACUCGUCAUCAAGCUCCUCGGGCCUUUGCGUACCCUGCAGGUUCAAAGGCUGUAAUCCAUGGCUCCCCACGAAGAAGCUCCUCCACUGGAGCACUUUGAAGGCUGGUCCAAAUAUCAUCAAGCUACCUAUCAUGGGCUUCUUAGAAUACAGGACAGGCAGACUACUGCCUGGGUAUGUCCUGGAGGUGCGAUGCUUAAGAGUCGAUGCACCGGAGUGGCGCUACGAGCUGGUGCACAGCUGGCCCAGUGGAAUCUCGAUGUUCGUCGGCGAUCGCAGAGUUCUUGUGAAGAAGCCGGACGAUGAGCAUUUCGAGGCCCCAGGACCAUUCAACCUUACAGACUUCGUUGCUCGGCGUCCGAAUGAGGUCAACCAUCCAAUGCAGGUGAAUGUUGCUAUAACGGCCAAGAAGACCGAAAUCUGGGCCAUAGGCUUUGUGAUGAGCCUGGGCGUGGCCAGGGAUAAUGAGGUCGCCGAGCAGGUCGUGCAACAGCAGCCGCCACUUGAGGACCGAAUGAAGCUUGAUCUCGAGCGCGUUCGCAUAUGGGUCAGCGAGCAUCGUCCUGAUCGUGUGUCGAAGAAGGACACACUGCGCUGUGUUGAGCCACCCGUUCUGAAGUUGAUCUGCUGCACUAGCCUCCUACGAAUUGAGCAAGCUGCGCGCGGUUCGAGGUGUGAGCAUCUGCAGUGCUUCGAUUUGAACUCGUACAUCCACACAAUGCGGAGCAUUCCGCCCAAACAUGCCUGGUGUUGCCCGAUAUGUGAUCAGCCCGCACCAUUGCAUCAGCUUAGACUAGACGCCUUCGCACAGUCUAUAGUGGACAACACGGCAGCCAAUGUCACAGAGGUUCUGGUAGCUGACAAUGGAAAGUUUGAGGUCUCUGCGACAGAAGAGCUGCUGCAGGAUUCCUCAGACGAGGAGGCUCUCAAGGCGGAGCAGGCCGUUCAAGCAGCGGCCGAAGCCGGGCUGUCUCCGGUACCUCGUGCUGCUCCAGUCCUGCUGUCGCAGGCGGAGCUGCAGCAAGCCGCGUUGAAUUUGGGCCGUGCCUUCUCGGCCCCGCCCAAGGCAGCUCCCGCAGCUCCAGCUCCAGAGGCCCAGCCGAAAGCGGAGCCGAAGGCGGCCAAGGAGAGAGAACAGAACAGGAGCCGAAGUCCCAAGCGAGGUGGCCAGGAGUCGCCUCCAGAGGACAAGAUGAAGGCCUGGAAAGUUCUGCAAGGCCUCGAAAAGGCUCCAGAGAAGCCAAAGGCGCCGGAGCCCCCGCGGCCUCCAGAGCCUCCAGAGGAGAAGCAGGAGAAACCGAAAGAAAAGGAGCGGAUUGGCUGGCUCCCCGAUGGUGCUACAUGCUCUUUGUGCUCCAAGUCUGUUGUCGAGAAAGGCGGCGUGUACUGCGGUCGCAAGCGCUCUUCCGGAGAGCUUGCGGGCUGCUUCGAGGCGAUCUGCUGGAAGUGCAUGAACAAGCACAGGGACAAGAUUGGAAAGAUCAAGACCACCAAGUCUGAGUUUGGCUCGCUUGGGGCUGGCGCCUGGUGGAUGCACGAAAAGUGUAUGACACCAGAGGACAAGAAGGAUUAUUUCGGCGAGGAUGAAGAGGAUGAUGUCGAAGAUGUCAAGCCAAAGCGACCCAAGAAAAAGUUCAAAGAUGAGGCGGAAGAUGUCACACAAUGUAAGACACUGUGUGCCAUGCGUCUUCCUUCUCCGACUCCAAUCCGCGGCCUGCUUCGAUGCCUAGAUGCGGGCUUCUUUGCCGUCUCCUUCGAGGAGGAGGGAUACAAGACCAUCGGGGAUAUGCGCUGCGAUGGCUGGGAGGUUGUGAAGGACUUUGUCGAGGCGCUUGGCAUGCCUCGAGGCUCUGACGAACGCUUGAUGCAGCUCUGCUUUCAGGCAGAUGCAGAAAGCACAACUCAGACUGCUCAGAUGAACGAGAACGAUGCCGCGGCUGAAGUGAUACUUUCAGGCACCGGGAAUGCUGAAUGGCAAGAAGCUGUGAUGCCCCUGUACUCCAUGCAUAUGGGCUGCGAGAACAUGGGGCCUCUUCUUCACAGUCUGGCACGCUUCGUCAAGCCGCGAAGUUGUCUGGAAAUUGGAGCAGGCUACACGUCGGCCUUCUUGCUGCAGGCUUUGGAGGACAAUUGGCGCGAGAUGCAGUUCUGGGAGUCCUGGCGAACUUCGCCAAAGACUUCCGGGCCUGCCCCCGAAAGCUGGCUCGUCGGAGGGGCUGAAGAACUUGCGGAUUUGGAAGGUGGCGUUUUGCACUGUGUCGACAACUUCGCCCACAGACACACCACGGCACCAGAGCUUUUCCGCGUCGCACAGCGUUUGGGGCUGCAGCGCCGCUUGAGGCUCCAUUUGGAUGAUGCAAGGGCUUUCCUGGAAGAGUCGAACCACCUCCUCUUUGACUUUAUCUGGCUGGAUGGCCUGCUAGACUUUGUGCCGCCGGUGAAUGGAAGUGUGAAGGAUGGCAUCGAAAGUUUCCUGGCACUUCUUUGGCCUCAGGUCCUUCCCGGAGGCUACGUUUUGCUCCACAGCACUUUGACGAACAGCGCAGUGCGGGAAUGGAUCGAUGCGGUAGCCAAGACGUCGCAGGGCACGCCGGGUGCUUUGCUGAGUCUGCUGGAGCCCCACAAGAAGUUUCAGAACUCUGUCAGCAUCUUGCAGAAGAGGUCAGAUGAUUUUUCUGAGCCGAUCUAUUCGAAGUUGCCGUGA